AUGAUAGUUAGAAUAUUGUUGUUGUGGAUCAUUUGUUGCCACUUCAACAAUUUUCCAUUUCCAAAAGGUCAAACGGAAUCCAGUCCAGUUGAAGUAGAAAUCAAUAUAAAAAGGAGAUUUGGAACUACUGCGUAUAUUUUCAACUAUUAUGGAUUUGUCGGAACUUAUACUGUUAAUAAAGGAUAUACAAUUAAAUCAGUUCAUCAUGGAGAUUUUAUAAUUUGGAGAUCUAAAAAUCCUGGUGAAACAGCUUUUCAUGUUAGGGUUGAGGGAAUAGGCACCAGUCAUAAAUCUGUAACAAUAUUUCAUUCAAAUGGUGAAAAAACAAAGUUUGUUAAAACCCAUAAAUUUUGUGGUUUACUAAGGAGAUGGGAAAAAGUAAUGUUUACUCCAAUAUACACAUUGGAUGACAGGGUUCCUCUGGGUCAAAGCAGAGAUGUUGACGAUGAUACUGACGAAUACAAAGAUGGAGAUUUAGGUGAAGAUUCAUUUGUCUAA